AUGAAGUUCUCUGCCGCUUUCCUCGCUUCCGCCGCCGCGCUCCUCGCCAGCACCCUCCCAAUGGCGACUGCGACACCCGUUGCAGCCCGCGACGUCUUCGUUCCGCCCAUCACCUACCCCCACGCUGGGACCGUGUGGUACAUUGGCCAGACACACAACGUUACUUGGGACACCUCCAAGGCCCCGGUCAACAUCACCAACGGCAAGGGCAUCAUCAUGCUCCGCAAAGGCGACCUUACCACCCCCGUCAUCCUCCAGAACAACUUCGACAUCCGCAAGGGCCGCAUUGAGGUGCGCGUACCCUGGGUUGUCGACGGCAGCGAUUACAAGCUUGUUUUGUUCGGCGACUCCGGUAACUUCAGCCCCAACUUCACCAUCAAGGGUUCUGGCGUUGCUUGGUAA